UUGUGGUGGAAUGCAUUAACAGGGGGCGCUCUCCGGAUGGUCAAGGGCACAGAUUGAAGCAGGGGGUGCUCUCCGGAUGCUUUCCAGCCCCAACCUACUCUUCGGCAACAGCGGAAUCAGCACGCAAACAGCAGGUGCAAUCGGAAAGCGGACGGGGGCAAUCGCAAGGAGGCCGGGAAAGGGAACAAACUCCGCUGGGAGGCAAGGGGUUUGGACCACGACAUUGGCUGAGGGGGAAAAGGGAUGUAUCAUCAGGCACCAUUGCCAUCAUUAUCGGCCUCCAUUCCCCUCAAGGAGGCAAGUUUUGGCCUCCCGGUGGAGGGUUUGCACGCUGAUAACAGAGGGGAGGAGGAAUCGACAGAGUCGUCGUCUGAUUCAUCGGACACAUCGGAGUCGUUGGACUCCUCAAACACAGAGAUACCGGACAGCAGACUGGAGAGCGGCCAGUCAGAUCAUCAGAUUGCAGGAACAAGAGCAGGAAAUGACGGGCGGGGAGACUUUGAAAAGAAUGGACUCUGCUCCUGCCGGCCAUCAUCGGAGGAAGACAGUCAACAGCAGCAAGAGAGUCAGCAGCAGCAGGGCCCGUUGGACCAGAUAGCCAAGUUGGUGCGGCGGGAACACGUGGGGGCUCGGCUGAAGGGCAUCAUGCGGGCGGGAGAAUGUUAUGUUUGUCCCAUUGCCUUCUGGCGAGCGACGGAUGAGAUUCAGCUCCUUAUGGAGGGAGCGUCGGAAGUGCCAGUUUUAGGGGUGACAAAGCAGCAGCAAGAGCAACAGGUGUUGAGGGAGGUCCGCAAAUGGGUGGGCCUGAGGUACGAAGUUAUAUCGCUGCCCCAGAUCUCGGCAUCACGAUAUGUAAGACAAAUGGUGGAUGGCAAAGUGCAUGUGGUGCAUGUUUACUUCACAGAAGCCUUUCCCAAAAAGUCGGGUAAAUAGCAGGAGUUUCCAGAUUGAAAAAUGAGGCGGUAGGUUUCGUAGAUGAGGGAGUGCGGACGAGGGAGAGGGAAGAGAUAGUGGAGUGAUAGAAACGCAGGCAGUCGGGAAUGAGGAAUACUACGGGGAUUGGAAGAAACUGCAAUCGGUUGAUGGUGCUCACGUGGAAUGUGAGAGGGUUGGGAUCUAAAUCAAUCCUGCCCAAAAGA